AAGGCGCAUUCGUUCGUCACCGUUCAUUUUCCACUCAUCCAACCUCGCAUUUGGCUUUGCCUUUGCCGGUGACGGAAUUUUAAAAUCACCGAGCUGUGUCUCAAUCGAAUUCCUGGUUUCAGAUUCCCUGAACUUCCCCCUUUUGGGUGUGAAGAUUGAUGUUGAUGUUGAUGUGUGAAGAUUGAUGACAACUUGUCUGGUUUGGGAAUCUAGAACAAAAAGCAACCUGUGUAGUAUUCUGCUGGAAAAUAAUGGAAGCACGCUCUGCUUUCUCCAUUGAAAGAUCAAGUGCAAAGCAAAUCAGUAACAUGGGGAUGUCUGGAGCACUUACUUCAUCGAUGCCUGUCCUUCCAACGCCUCUAGAAGAGAAAUACCCCAUAUUAUCUGAUUCACAGCCGGCUUUUGUGGAAAAAGAGCUUAAAAUAAGACCUUUUACUCAUUCAAGUCAUUUAAGUUCCAGCGGAGCAGUUGGGCAUUUGUUUUCAUCCUCCCCUGGAUAUUCAAAUGAUCUUCAUCACUCAUCCCUUUCACCUCAUGAAAAACACUCUAGAAAUGCUAAUUUUGUUUCACAGUCAAUGAGUAACAUGGCUUUAUUGUCAUCAUCUUAUUCUUCAAGUAAUGGACCGAUGCCUUCUACAACAUCAACCCAUUAUUCCAAAGGAAACAAUGCUUCCUGGCAUGCAGAUUCCCUGCCUAGCUUUCUUGAUUUCCCUGCGAAUACCUCCAUUGAUAGUAGUCAAGUAGAGAGCAGUUCCUGCAAUAUUAUGGCAUCUGAGGAGUAUUCUAAGCGAAAUGAUUGGCAGGAGUGGGCUGACCAGCUAAUUAGUGAUGAUGAAAAUUUGACUUCUAGUUGGAAUGAUCUUCUUGCUGACAACAUUCAAGAUCUUGAACCAAAGGUUUCAAAAUCAUCUUCACAAUUUUCAGCAGGACAUCAAUCCCAAAGCCAUCAACAACUUCCUGCUUCAUCUGGAGAAAAUCGUCUUGUUGUUGCCCCAUCUUCCUCAGCAAAUUCUGCACCUGCCAAGCCGCGGAUGCGUUGGACACCUGAGCUACAUGAGGCAUUUGUGGAGGCUGUCAGCCAACUUGGCGGGAGUGAAAGAGCUACUCCAAAGGGUGUGCUGAAGCUUAUGAAAGUAGAAGGAUUAACUAUAUAUCAUGUUAAAAGCCACUUACAGAAAUACAGGACAGCUAGAUAUAGACCAGAAACAUCUGAAGGAGCUACAGAGAAAAAACUAUGUCCCAUUGAAGACAUAUCAUCUCUAGAUUUGAAAACUGGUAUUGAGAUCACUGAAGCUCUGCGAUUGCAGAUGGAGGUUCAGAAGCGGUUGCAUGAGCAGCUUGAGAUUCAAAGAAAUCUACAGUUGCGAAUAGAAGAACAAGGAAGGUACCUCCAGAUGAUGUUUGAGAAACAAUGCAAACCUGGCAUUGAAACAUUUAAGGCAUCGUCAUCUGCCAUUGAGAGUCCAUCUGGAGUGUCUUCUGAUGCCAUGAAAGAUUCUCCUACCAAAACUGAAUUGGAAGCCUCCAAAGUGGACCAUUGCAGGUCUGAGCCUGAUCAAGCUAAUGGCAGCGCCACAGUUGACGAAAGCUCGUCGGAAGUGGGUGGGAAGCCGGAUGCUCCGGAAAGUCAAACUUCCGAGAAUCCUAAGGAACAUGCUAGUGAAGAUAGUGCUCAUGCCUCAAAGCGUCCAAGGACAGAUGAGUAAGCCAUAUGAUCUUCUGAAUCAGGAUUGAACUGACAAGACAAUACUGAUUCAUUUAAGAUUUUAUUUUAGUAGAGAAGACUUGGUUGAUUGAUGUCUAGAGCUCCAUAACUUACGAGUUUCCUCCUGUGCUGUUUUGUUCAAUGAGGACUUGUAUGUGUACCUUUUGUUUAGUUACAAAUGAUAAGAGUCAAAGUUUUGAUCAUGAAGUUCUUCAACAUCUUAUUUGGUAUCCUGCUUAGGAUGAGAUUAUAGUGUACAGUAACUACAAAUAACGGUUACAUCUCAUAUCAUAGGUGAGGAAUUAGGACAUUAUCUUGCCAAGAUCAUACUAUCCAAAUUUCUAUGUUGGUAUGUAUCACAUCUCUAAUAUGAA